AUGGGCUUUCAAUCGAUUGAGGGCAUUAAGCAAUCUGAUAUUGCUGUCAUCGGCCUAUCCUGUCCUGCCUAUACUGAAGUCCCAUCGGAUCGUUACAAUGCCAAAGCAUUCCAUCAUGAGGGCGAAAAGUUAAACACUCUGAGUUCUACAGGUGGACAUUUUCUCGGAGAUGACGUCUCUGCAUUUGACGCUCCAUUUUUCAACAUAACCGCAAAUGAGGCAAAAGCCAUGGAUCCAACGGCUCGUAUGCUCCUAGAAGUUACCUACGAAGCUCUUGAGAACGCCGGAAUACCUGUAGACGACCUUGUCGGAAGCGACACCAGCUGCUAUGUCGGAUGUUUCACCCGCGAUUUUCAUGAAAUGCUCAUGCGUGACACAGAGACCUCUCCAAUGUAUGCUGGAACAGGAACUGGCUUUUCACUCCUCUCAAAUCGAGUAUCAUGGUUUUACGAUCUGCGUGGCCCCAGCCUGACACUGGAUACUGCAUGCUCGUCAAGUCUGGUGGGCCUUCACCUAGCGUGUCAAGGGUUGAGAUCAGGCGAGUCGAAGAUUGCAAUUGUCAGUGGAGCGAACUUGAUACUGAGUCCUGAUCUGGCGAUUUUUCUGUCAAAUCUCCAUAUGCUGUCAAAGGAGGGCCUUUCGAGAUCUUUUGCAGAUGGUACAACCGGUUAUGGCCGAGGUGAAGGAAUUGCUACAGUCAUCCUCAAGCCACUUAAGGAUGCAAUACAAGACCAGGACAAUAUUCGUGCGGUGAUUAGAGGGACAGGUGUCAAUCAAGACGGCCACACUACGGGAAUUACCCUGCCAAAUAGCGACGCGCAAGCCGAAUUAAUCACGUCAACGUACCGCGCGGCUGGACUGGAAUUUUCCGAUACCGGUUACUUCGAGGCUCACGGCACCGGAACAGCUGCCGGCGACCCCUUGGAAUUAGGCGCUGUCGCGAACACUCUCGGCUCAGCACAACGACCAGGGAAUAGUCUUCUGGUAGGCUCAGUCAAGUCCAACAUUGGCCACCUGGAAGGUGCAGCAGGUUUGGCAGGAGUGAUAAAAUGCAUACUCAUGCUUGAGAAUGCUACCAUCUUGCCAAAUAUCCAUUUUGAUAGGCCGAACAGGAGGAUACCCUUUAAACAGUGGAAUAUCGAAGUUCCAACAACUGCAAAGCCCUGGCCGUCUCACGCUCUCCAGAGAGCUAGCGUGAACUCAUUCGGGUACGGUGGCACCAAUGCUCAUGCAAUCAUCGAUAGCACAGCUCAGUUCUUCUCAACCAUUGGUGGAGCUGGCCCCUAUCGGAAUCCGAGUGUGUCCACAUCAACGUCCCACCGUCCCCGGUUGUUCAUUGUCAGUGCAAGAGAUGGUCCUGCACUUGACAGAAUCAGAAAGUCUUUCACCAACCAUUUGGCGGCAGUUGAGUCGCAAGGCAGCAUCAGGAGCGAGGCACAAUACUUGGCUGACUUGGCUUUUACACUGAGUGAGCGUCGCACGCGGUUCGACUGGAAGGCCUUUGCUGUUGCCUCAACCAUCUCUGAGCUACGUGAGCAGUUAUCAACAACUGCUGCUAUCCAGGGUGCUCGGUCAUCCAAGGCAUCUAGAGUUGCUUUUGUUUUUACCGGCCAAGGAGCACAAUGGGCCAGGAUGGGCUUGAACCUGCUCCAAUAUCCGGUGUUUCAAGCAAGUGUAUCUGAGGCAGAAAGGCAUCUGACAGACAAGCUUGGCUGCGAUUGGUCUGUCCUCCAGGAACUUCAACUCAGUGGUCCCGAGAGCAAUAUUCAACUCGCAAGAAUUAGUCAACCUAUGUGCACGAUUCUACAAAUUGCAUUGGUGGAUUUGCUUGCCUCCUGGAGCAUCAGACCAUCUGGUGUUGUUGGUCAUUCUAGUGGCGAGAUUGGUGCAGCCUAUGCAUAUGGAGCUUUAUCUCGUCAAGACGCGUGGACAAUUGCAUACUGGCGAGGCAAGUUGUGCUCCGAACUAACAAUUGAUGCACCCGAGCUGAAGGGUUCCAUGAUGGCUGUUGGUCUAUCUAGAGAGGCUGCAGCAGACUACAUCUUGGGCGUCCGAACUGGGAAGCUCGUUGUUGCCUGUGUCAACUCGCCUUCCUCAGUCACCAUUUCUGGAGACGAAAUUGCCAUUGAUGAACUUUAUCAACUCCUCAAGACGGACUCGGUGUUCGCAAGGAAGCUGAAGGUUGAGAAUGCGUACCAUUCCCAUCAUAUGGAGCAAAUUGCCAAAAAGUAUUUGAUGCAUAUAUCAGGAGUGACGGUUCGGAAGCCGGAAAGUGGCGACAGUGUCAUCUUUGCAUCCAGUGUUUGGGGACGAAUCAUCCAGUAUCCAGAUCUCGGACCCGACUAUUGGGUAAAGAACCUUGUCUCACCUGUCCUUUUCUCCGAUGCUGUCGAAGCACUAUUCAAGAGCUCGCCACAACGCAAGCGCCGGGCUAGAGCCACGGAAGUAUAUUUCAGUAAUCUACUAGAGGUUGGACCACAUGCCGCUCUGAAAGGUCCACUUCGUCAGACCUUGCAGGCACUGAAAUCGGAGGACGUCAAGUAUGCAUCAGUGCUCAACCGGGGACAGGAUGAUGCUAAAUCAGCACUUGCGUGUGCAGGCAUGCUUUACAUCCACGGUGUACCUGUAUCAAUUCCCUCCGCCAAUGUUACUCAAAUGAGAGUGCAGCCAUUAGCCGAUCUUCCGGCUUAUCCAUGGAAUCAUGCGCUCAAAUAUUGGUCCGAGUCACGGCUGAGUAAGAAUUAUCGCUUUCGCGAGCAUGGUCGCCAUGAUCUCCUAGGAUCCAUAGCUCUGGGUUACAACGAACUCGAACCAAAGUGGAGAAACUUCUUGCGGGUCAACGAAAGUCCUUGGAUUCGAGAUCAUGUUGUCCAUUCUACAAUACUUUAUCCUGGUGCAGGCAUACUCGCCAUGCCUAUCGAAGCGAUGCGACAGAUGGCCGACAAAGAAAGGAAUAUCGACAAUAUCGAGCUCAAGGAUGUGUAUAUUACGAAAGCAAUUGUUGUCCCAGAUGACCAAACGGGCACAGAGGCAUUUCUUCAGCUAAGGCGACCCAGGACUGAGGGGGAGCACAUGAAAGACUGGUGGGAGUUCUCAGUUUUUACAUGCCUUGAGGAUCAAUCGCCUCAAGAAAACGGCUCUGGCCGGGUCAUGAUCAAUUACAAGGCUGACAGCGUCGAUAACUGGGUCACCCAAAAAAGCCAUCAGAAAGAGGUGUUGAGACAGGAUUACCAGGAGUCUCUGGUAAUUUGUAAGAACCAAAUCCAACCCAAUGAUUUUUACGAAACGACCAAACGCGCGGGGCUUGAUUAUGGAGAUUCUUUCCAAGGACUGACGGCAAUAAGAACGAGCAAGAGACGUGCUGUUUGUACGGUCCGUAUCCCCGACACUAAAGCUACGAUGCCCGGGAAUAUCGAAAGCCAGCACCUCAUACAUCCUACGACUUUGGAUGUGAUCUUUCACUCCCUGUUCGCGGCACUUGGCGAAGAGGGAGAACUUAACUUCGAGAAUGCGGCAGUUCCUGUAUAUCUUGACAGUCUUAUUGUUGCGGCAGACCUCCCCUCUGGGGCGGGGUCAGAGUUUCACGGGUUUUGUACUGCGCUUCGACCAGCUCCUCGUGAGAUCGUUGCCGAUAUCUGCUACUCUGACUCUGCAUGGACUGAACCAAAAGUCUAUAUCAGAGGGCUCCACUGCCGUGAGUUACCAGGUAGCAGCUCCUCGAACACUGACUCUUUCAAGGCUCCUUUCGGGACGCUAGAAUGGAAGCCUGACAUUCACUUCGCGACCCAGCGCUCCUUGGCGCAGUACUUCGACGCAAAAAAUCCUGAUGUGAGUGACGGCGAUGAAUUAUGCAAGUUGAUGGCGCUUGUUGCGCAUAAGACUCCAGAUCUUACCAUUUUGCAGCUUGGUGUUUCCUCGGAGAUUAAAACCAAGAUUCUGUCAUUUCUGACCGAAAAUGGUCAUCAAGGUACAAAAAUGUAUUCAAAGUACACAGUCGCUGCGAUCGACUCUUCAGAGAAUGAGAACAAUACCGCAUCCUCUGAGGAUCCGAAUGAGCUAGUCACCGCACUUGCCCUUCAUAAGGGUCUACCAUUAAGUGAACAAAAGCUUGAAGUGUCGUCAGCAGAUCUUCUCAUCGUCGGAGCCGACUUUGGAUUCCCUACCCAGGCUAUAGUAUCAUUCCAUGAUAUCGCAAACCUUUUACAGGAUGGUGGUAUUGCAAUUUUCGAACACGAGUCGGAGAGUUUCUUCGCUAUCUUGAAAGACGCCUGUAUUGAAGCAGGACUCACCUCGCUGGGUGUUUUGACGAGAUCGGUGCAUCCGAGUACCAAUCAACAAAGGACAUCAUGGAUUAUAGCAAAGCCAUAUUCGAAAGAAGAUACGAGCAUCUCGGAAUCGAUAUUGAUCCUAGAACCCACGAUCCCAACUUCCAACACUCUGGACAUCUCCAAUGCCAUCAAGCAGGACUUGUCGAGAAGAUCAAUCGCGUACGAAACGAUCGUAUGGCCCCCGAAAGAUUUAGAUAUGGUUGGAAGGUCAAUAAUAUCACUUCUGGAAAUGGAAACCCCCUUCCUUGUCAACAUUUCGCCUGUGGACUUUGAAGUCUUGAAGACAACAAUCUUGAGGAGUUUGUCUUUCCUAUGGGUCACAAAGGGUAAAGAGCCCACUACUGCCGCGGCUAUGGGAUACCUCCGGUCACUCAAGAAUGAAAAUCCCAAUCUUAACCUGCGCUACUUGCGCCUUGAAGAUCAAGUUGACCGCAAUGCUCCGGACGUCGCAGAGGCUAUCACAAGCAUCUCACUCAAUCCCAAUAUCGACAGAGAGUUCGUCGAAAUUAAUGGACAAAUCUGCAUCAACAGAUGGAUGCCUGAUCGAGGCAUGAGUCGCAUAAUAUUGAAUGGUGCAGCAAAUGUAGAGAACAUCGCGCUUCAACGGUGCGAGAAUCCACUCGAACUUGUUGCUGGACCAGACUAUCAUUUCAAGGACUCUGAAUUGGUGGAGGAUCUCUCUCCUGAACACAUACAGGUUGAGACACGAGCGCUUGUCCUGAGCCGGCCGCGUUCCUCAACCCACGACAAUGUAGCCCCUGCUCUAAGAGAGUUUUCCGGCUUAGUCAAAGCAGUUGGAAGCAAGUGCAAGAACUUCAGGCCUGGUGACUUGGUGUAUGGCUAUGAUGGUGCACCUUAUCGCACCAAUUUCACGGUGGACGAAUCGCAAUGCCAAAAAAUCCCAGCCGGAAGGACAUUCCCAGAAGCAGCAACUUGGUCACUAACAUUCAUGACUGCUUAUCAAGCUCUCAUCAAAAUCGGUCAGCUAAGAGCUGGUAACACGAUUCUCAUCCAGGACGCCUCAUCCGGUGUGGGACAAGCAGCAAUUCAACUUUCUCUGGCGACCAAGGCUCGUGUCUUCGCCACUGCUAGAUCUGCAACGGAAAGCCAACUGAUCGAGAAAUAUGGGAUACCAAACCACAACAUUCUCAAUGACGCAGAUCCAUAUUUCGCAGAAACCAUCGGCAGACUGACCAGAAACUGUGGCUUUGAUUUAGUUCUCAAUAUCUCACGCCAAGGCGAUGGAUUACGAAAACUGUGGCAGGCAGUGGCCCCGUUGGGGAAUCUCACUCAUGCAGGCGACAGUGAGAUCACGAAAGAGAAUGUCUUGGAUAUCGGUCCAUUCCAGCGGGGAUGCAAAUUCUCCGUUGUUGAUCUCGCCCUCAUCCACCAAAGCAAACCGGGAGCACUGGCUGACUUAGCCAAAGAAUUUGCUAUCUUCGCCACCACAAAUCUUAUCCAGCCUCUAGAGGCACUCAACAUCUUCCCGGUCGCCAAUGUUGCGGCCGCCUUCAAGUCAAUGGACAGUGGAGUACUCGGGGAGACAAUAUUGAUAUUUGAUGAUAGGAGCCAAAUCUCCAUCCAUGCCAGCUCGAUACAUCCCUUACGCCUCGACCAGAAUGCUUCUUACGUGCUGGUCGGUGGUAUGGGAGGUUUGGGGCGGAGUCUUGCCAGGCUUCUUGUCAGACAUGGAGCUCGCCAUCUGAUAUUUAUAUCACGGUCUGGGAUCAAGUCAGCACACGCCCCAGCAACGGUGGACGAACUAAGAUCGCUGGGGGCCUCUGCAUAUGUGUACGCCGCCGACGUAGCAGACUCGGCUGCCAUGAAGCGUGUGGUUGGGCAGUGGACGCAGAAGCACCCACCGAUCCGAGGCGUCAUCCAAAGCGCCGCGGUCCUGAACGACUCUAUCUACGACAACAUGACACACGAAUUAUGGAGAGGAGCUGUGGCGCCUAAGAUCCAGGGCUCCUGGCUUCUCCACGAGCUGCUCCCGCAGGACAUGGAUUUCUUCGUCAUGCUCAGUUCCAUUUCUGGCGUGGUGGGCAAUCGAAGUCAAACGAAUUAUGCCACCGGAAAUACCUUCCAAGAUGAGUUGGCCCAGUAUAGGCGUGACAAGGGGCUUCCUGCGGUAGCUGUGGACCUCGGAUUGAUGCUCGAUGUGGGCUUGAUUGCCGAACGCGGAGGAUUCACCAAUCUUCGCAAAUCCGAAGCCGUUGGCCUCAAUGAGGUGGAUUUCCACGCUAUCAUGAAAGCUGCCAUGUUGGGAGUGUACGGAAACAGUACCGUGCCCGCACAGCUCGUGACGGGCCUACCCACGGGCGGUAUAUUGCAUCGACAAGCUCUUGAACCACCAUUCUACUACGACGACCCGCGAUUCUCAUACCUCAGAAAAAUGGAUCUCAGCCAAGCUAUCGCGGAGGUCGGUUCCAAUGCAGCGGGAGCAUCUGUUGACGGAGGAAACCUUGCAACACAACUUGGACAGGCAAAAUCCAUUGGCAAGGCUUCCGCUCUCACGACUUCAGCCUUAAGCGGAUUACUUGCCAAGGGCCUGCAGACGUCGGCGGAUAAUAUUGAUACAAGCAAACCACUGCAUUCAUAUGGAGUAGAUUCCCUUAUGGCGGUGGAGAUUCGCACCUGGAUUAUGCAACAGGUAAAGGCCGAUAUUACACUAUUUGAUAUAUUGAGUGGGAUGAGUAUUGUUGCACUGUCUUUGAAGAUUGUCAAGGCUUCGAAGCUGGUUCCUGUGGAUUUGGAAUGA